AGUGUCUCUUGCUCGCCGACUUGCUCGUCGUGGUUUGCCUGUGACAACAGCAAUCCAACGAAAGUCCAACUACCGACCGCCCCUCACUCUUUCCCACCGGGAUUGAGCGCCCAAGCUUUAUUUGCUUCGUCCUCCUUGUCAACGUCGAGUGGAAAGGCCAAUAUUUUUCCUGUUGGCUGAAAAAAAUACUUAGCCGGCCGCCUCACCGCCCACUCAACGACGCAUACCACAUCCAAAGUUCGAAGCAAAGGGACCACUAAGAGGUGCUUUGUAGACGUGCCGUAAAGGUUUCUGUCUCCGGGUGAUCUUCCAUUCUCAGCUAGACUUUUGCUAGUCAUGGCUGAGCCUACGCAGUUGGCUUUCCGUACGCUCAAGGGAAUUGGUAUUUUAAAUACUGCUCCUGUGUACGAGCCAUUGCCAGGCUUCGUGCGGCCAGAGGGAAACCUUCGAUGUUGCUGCUACUCACCCGACGGCAAGCUCUUUGCUUGGGCCUCGCCUGAGAAGGUCACUGUUAUUGACGCCUUCGUCGGUCACGAAAUCACCACGCUCCCGGCCGAGAACGUCUUUGAGUUGGGCUUCUCGCCCUUUGGCACAUACAUCAUCACAUGGCAGCGGCCAUCAAAGGAUGCUGAAGGGAAUGCCACCAAGAACCUCAAGGUGUGGCGUACAGUUGACGACACAGCCAGCGAUUCAGGUGAGCGUGCAACGGUUGGCUCGUUUGUGCAGCGUAGUCAGACGGGAUGGAAUCUGCAGUAUACGUCGGACGAAAAAUACUGCGCCCGUGUUGUAACGAACGAGGUUCAAUUCUACGAAUCCGGUGAUCUGAAGACGGUGUGGAACAAGUUACGAGUCGAGGGCGUCACAGACUUCGCUGUUGCGCCGGGCAAGACGCAUUCAGUUGCUGUUUUCGUGCCCGAGCGCAAGGGACAGCCUGCAGCCGUAAAAGUCUUUAAUGUGCCGCAUUUCAAUGUGCCUGUCAGCCAAAAGACAUUUUUCAAGGGCGACAAGGUCCAAUUCAAAUGGAAUGAGCCAGGUAGCAGUUUGAUUGUCCUCGCGCAAACGGAUGUGGACAAGAGCAACAAGAGCUAUUACGGCGAGACAACUAUGUAUAUUCUGAGUGCCAAUGGCGGCUUUGAUUCCAGGAUAACAUUAGACAAGGAAGGCCCGAUCCACGAUGUAUCCUGGUCGCCUAAUGGCAAAGAGUUUGGAGUAGUCUACGGUUAUAUGCCUGCAAAGACAACAAUCUUCAACGCCAGGGCUGUGGCUACUCACAGUUUUCCGCUUGCUCCGCGAAACACAAUUCUCUUCUCCCCUCAUGGCCGUUUUGUGCUUAUUGCCGGCUUUGGCAAUCUUGCUGGCUUGAUGGAUAUUUAUGACCUGGAGAAAAACUACGCCAAAGUUUGCACCAUUGAGGCGAGCAACGCAUCAGUGUGCGAGUGGAGUCCAGACGGCAUGCAUAUUCUUACAGCCACGACCAGUCCUCGACUCAGAGUCGACAAUGGCGUAAGGAUAUGGCAUGUGGGAGGUGGCGUUAUGUACAACGAGGAUAUGAAUGAGCUGUAUCAUGUUACGUGGAGGCCACAGAGCGUCGACACGUUUUUGUUGCCAGCAGAUCCAGUUGGUCACGUGCCGAAGCCGCACCCAAGUGCACUAGAGUACCUGGCCAAAAAGAAAGCACCGAGUAAGCCUGUAGGUGCUUAUAGACCACCUGGUGCAAGAGGAACCAGCACGCCUCUCGCAUUCAAACGCGAGGACGAGGGCGGCGCUGCAUACACAGCUAGUAAUGGCAUCAGCGCUGCUGGCACUACGGGAGGGAACAUUAACGGGUUCGGAAAGUCAAGGCGAUUUGUUCCCGGGGCAGAGCCAGUUGAUCAGCAGCUGCCUCCUGGUGCUGCACCAGGUGGGGGAGUAAGCCUUAUGGGAACUGGCGAAGGCGCUGAUGGCAACGAAGGACUAAGCAAAGCAGCCUUAAAGAACAAAAAGAAGCGCGAGGCGAAGAAGGCCAAAGAGCUCGCCGAGAGGGAGAGCAAACUUGAGAUCGAAGGCCUGGAGAACGUGCCCAAAGGGCCUAGGGCAAUGUCGCGGAGUCCGGAGCGACGAGCUGGUGGGAACCCACAUCACCAGAGAAACAGGAGUGGGCUUGAACAUAACAACUAUCAUGGACGUUCACCUCAACGACAAGAUAGAGGAAUCAGCCAAUCUAGAAGGGAAAGAGGUGACUCGUACGUUAAUGGUCAAUCGUCACGGGGUGGCUCUCGUGCGCAGCCAAAUUUGCGCGACGCUCCCGGACCGGCCCUCCAAGUACCACCUGCCGGGCAGCAACAGGAAACGAAUCCACCUCCGGAUGUCACUGUCACAAGCCCUGGAAGCGGUGGGCCAAGUGGUGAACAGGGUAAAAAGAUCAGAAGUUUGCUAAAGAAGAUUCGUGCUAUUGAAGAGUUGAAGAUGAGGCAGGCAAGUGGAGAGAAGCUUGAGGACACUCAAGUGAAAAAGAUUGCGACAGAAGAUGGGGUGAGGAAAGAACUGGAGGCACUAGGCUACGUUGCUUGAAUCUUGCCUGCUGGCUGCUAAGAAAAUGAAGUAAUGGUAUAUGCUCUGCGGCAGAAUGUCUCAAGCUAAGAUGAGAUUGACUCGGUCUUGGAUUUCUCCUCUCUCGGGCAUCUUCUGCAUAUGCAUGGGCUGGCGCACUGAGAGGCAGGAAUGGCUUUGAUUGAUCGAUUCGACUCAGAACUAUGCAUAGGCUGACUGCAUUAACUAUACGCGGUUGGUUGCCCUCUUGAUGUAGAACAAGGGCCGGGGGGAAACAUGUGAAAAGAUCUUACAUGCGUAUCCUUUCGAGACAUGGCUUUUCUAGAGGACCGACCGAAAAGAGGAAGAUCACCAAAAAAGAUUUAUGCUACCAUGCAUUUUUUGACUACGAGCAUUUGAGAGACUCGAACCUGGCCGGCAUGCCGUUCGUGCGUCACUUUGGAAAACAACCCAUUGAUUUCCGCACAGAGAGGCCGUGCAAACGGUGAUACAGCAUGUUUAGAUUCAAUGCUCAAGUUUCUAACUCUUGUUUUUUCUCACUCCUUUUCUCCGUUAUCAGCAAUCCUAGACUCCUGAGAGUGCGCCAUGUCUAC